UUGCAAUUGCACGUCCGUCAGCGAGUAUGCGGCACUCGCUUCCCGUGUUACCGCCCUUGGGCUGAGUUAGAAAUCAAACGCUGAAGACUCCGUUCUCUCAAGGAAGUCCGGUUACCAUUGACUGAGUUUCAUCAUCCUCAGGUAGCCUUUCCUCUGGUUUGGAGAAACGAGGCCAAGACGUUGAAAGUGUGGUUGCAGUCUCCCGUUCAUUGUGGUCUGGCAAGCAACAGCGAGCAUCAUGACGUUGUCUUUCAAAAAGGACCUUGACAAAUACAAGGAUCUGGAUGAAGAUGAGAUUCUUAACAAUCUGUCGGCGGAUGAGCUCAAACAGCUGGAGUCAGCCCUGGAGGAGAUGGACCCAGAGAAUGCUCUGCUUCCUGCGGGUUUGCGUCAGAAGGACCAGACAACAAAAAAAGCCACAGGAACAUUUGACAGAGAAGGUCUCCUCAAAUAUCUGGAGAAGGAGGCCAUGGAGUACAAGGACAGAGAUGAUAUUGUACCCUUCACUGGAGAGAAGAAAGGCAAAAUUUUUAUUCCGAAACAGAAGCCAAUAGAAACACGGCAGGAGGAUGUCACAACUCUCGACCCGGAAUUAGAGGAAGCCCUUUCCAGCGCCACAGAUACAGAACUCUGUGAUCUUGCAGCAAUCCUGGGUGUCCACACGCUUGUAACCAGCAAUCAGACAUACGAUGGCACAGGAGCAAAAGAAGGUUACAACAAUGUGGUUAAAGGGGAGAAGAUGAACCCCGUAUUUGAUGAGCCACCCAAUCCCACAAAUGUAGAUGAAACGCUAAACAGGAUUAAAAGCAAUGAUGCCUCCCUAACAGAGGUCAACCUCAAUAACAUUAAGAACAUUCCCAUCCCCACACUCAAAGACUUUGCAAAAGCCAUGGAGAAGAACACACGAGUUACCAAGUUCAGCAUGGCCGCCACACGGAGUAACGACCCCAUUGCAGUGGCGUUCAGUGAAAUGCUGAGGGAAAACAAAACGCUGCGAAGUUUGAACUUGGAGUCGAACUUCAUCACUGGUGCAGGGAUGCAGGUGCUGAUUGAUGCGCUGCGAGACAAUGACACACUCACAGAGAUCAAGAUAGAUAACCAGAGGCAGCAGCUGGGUACCAAUGUUGAGAUGGAGAUAGCUAAAAUGUUGGAAGAGAACAACAGCAUAGUGAAGUUUGGCUACCACUUCACCAAGCAAGGACCGCGUUCUAGAGCUGCUGCUGCCAUCACCAAGAACAACGACCUGGUUCGCAGGAGGCGAGUGGAAGGGGACUUGUAGACCUGUCUCCCAGCAAAUCCUGUCGCUUCAUCUCGCCAUGUGGAAGCAUUUCCGCCAGUGCCCUGAUCUCAUCUCACCGUGUGGAACAAGUCUUGUGCCAAACUGUGGGGCAAGGCGCACUCAACAAGAACGUACAUCUGAGAAGAGAAAUAACUGGAAUGACUCGCCCCCCUCUCUCAUGUAUUUGUUUAUGAUGUUGUCAUUGAAGGUGUACCAUGGAUUAGUUUUUAGUCUUUCCGUUUCAGCUGCUCCCAGGUUUUGAGCCUUUAAUCUGUCCAAAAUUUUUACUGUUCUUCUUUUAUACUAUAAUGUCAUCACAUGAAAUAACUUAACACAUUGAUUCAGCAAUCAUCUCAUGGAACUUUUUUGCAAAGUGGCAACAGCCAUUCACACGCUGAAUGGUCAUAGUUUUGCCUGGACCACGUACCUGAAAAUCCCCACUACAUACUGUCACAUGUAGGUUUAUUGGCUCCAAUGUUGCUGUAUUGGCGUUGCCUUGUAAAGCCAAGCUUGACUGCAAGUGCGGCUACUUUGUGUUUGGCUUACAGUCAGUGCUGGCCUGAUGCUGCAGUUUCACCAAACGAUGCUGACUCACACCCACUAGUGAAAUUACUUUCAAAAGUAUCAGUGCGCAAUGUUUGAUAUUUCUAAAUUGUUAUAUUUUAGCCGUUUUGAUAUUGUCUAUUUUGCCAUGAUUGUUUUCCUAACAUCCUGUAACAAGUGGCAAUUCCAACUAUUGAGUUGAAAACUAAUAACUGUAAAAUGAAAAGGCUAGUAAUGUUGUAGUGAACAGGUAUAACAGAUGAGCUUUUAAAGGUGGACAUUCAGAUGUUAUACCAUGCCAAAGACCAACAGAUGCAUUGUGUCACGUUCAUUUCGGACCAUAUAUUUAUAUUAGAUUUGGGUUUGGUCAUUACGACUUAUCACAUCUUAGGUAGUGUUUUUGCAUCAUUUCUUAGCAAAAAUCAACCUAAUAAAAAUGAAGUCUCUGUCCAGCUAAGAUUGCAGUGGCACAUGAAAUAUUUAUAUGAAUGAAAACAAACACUGUCACUUAACACUGAGUAGAUUCUCCUAUUAGUAUGCAUUUAUUUCAUGCCAUGCUGUGUGCCUCAAGGCCAACGUCCUAAGGCACACUAAUGUGCUCUUCAGAUGGCUCUAAAAAUAUUAAUUCAGCAGCUACUUGAACCGUGUAAAUACUGUCAGUGUGGAAGAAGAUCAACACUUCUUGACCAAAAAUCUUAACAUCUAAUGCCACAUUGUUUGAAAAUGAAUUAUAAGGCAGAGUGCUGUGUGUUUGUGCACGCUUUGUCCAUGCUCACAUCCUUUUGACUGGCGCACAGCAAAGUGCAGCUUUUUGUUGGGCUUGUUAACGAUAAUCUGACUCAUGUACAGUAUAAUAAUUGUAAAGUGACAUCUCAAAUAUAAUGUGCAUGCACUCUAUUAAUAUGUGUGCAACACAAACUACUGCAGCAGUGUAUUUGUACAUGAGAUUUAAAACAAAUACAGGUGUCAACUCAACAUAAGGAAAUAAAACCUCACAACUGGUGAAUACAUGAUAUAUUCAACAAUAAAUGUUUUUACACUC